AAAACUCUACUGUACACCACCACCCCGAUUCUCCCGCUAAAGAAUCGCCGUGUCUCAGUUUACCACACCAAAAAGGACGCCGACCGGGCUCGGGUUGGAUGAGUUCGUGGUUCAGCUCCCCGCAUUCCGACCCGAGUGAAGUCGGCGACCACGUGGGGUCUUCCGUCCUGUCCAAAGGACAAUGGUUGGCUGGCAGUCACCCCUCACAACGGCGAACAUAUACACUCCCUUCAUAUCAACGCCCAACCACCCAACACCCAGCAACUACAUAGCAUUCCCGGUAAGCCCUGCGCAUGUAUGUGGGGUGUGGUCAGCGGGUUUGAUGCAAGCGUGAGGCUCAAGAUGGCGAUUCCAACCAUCGCCGUUUAUUGUGCUUUGGUGAUGGUGGUGCCCGCUUGUGCCAAGGCGCCUAUCCCGCGAACUACUUGCACCACUACACCGAUAGCUCCCCGGCACUUGACGUGUUGGGAGUAGUGAAGCUGAAUUUGGGCAGGAAUGCUAGCCACUUUCCGAGACUGAUUGCUGUUGGUUCAGCUAGACUGGGUUGGUUGGCGACUGAGCUACUGACGAUAACUCCGGAGUUGGUGGUUGAACAUGCCCGAGUUUUGGGGAGGAGGAUCGUGAACUGGAGGGGAGGACUAGACGGCGUUUGUCUUGGAUGACGGUGAUCGGGGUUCAUGCGGAGGGGAUGAGCGUUGAGAAACCUGGGCUGGGUAUGAGUAUCUAAUGGCUGGGUGCAGGUAAAGGGAGAAGGCUGUACAAGACUGCUGCUGACUGAGGAAACGAGAGUGCUCAUAAUCCCAUCUGUCCGCCUCCCAACCCGCAGACCUCAUCCCGUGUUCACCUGCCUCAUCUUUUCAUUCUCGCCGUCCUCCCAACCAUCAUCACAACAUGAACGCCCCAUCAAGCUCCUCCUCCUCCUCCCCAAAAAUGGACCCCGAAUCCGGCCCCUCCCCCUCCCACCUGAAAAACACCACCCUCACCUCCCUCACCUGGUCCUCCCUAUCCCACGCAAUCUCCACGACCCCCAUCCUCACCUCCUCAACGGGCCUCCUCCGCCCAGGCGAACUCCUAGCAGUAAUGGGCCCCUCGGGCUCAGGCAAAACAACCCUCCUCAACCUCCUCUCCCGCCGCCUUUCCCCAUCAUCCCCCUCACCCAUCCUCCUGAACGGAACCCCCCUCCCCCUCCCCCAAUUCCAAUCCCUGACCCGCUUCGUCGAACAGACUGACUCCCUCAUCGGGGCCCUAACCCCACGCGAGACCCUCCACUUUGCCUCACGGCUCUCAAGCGCGGGGAUUAGCAAAAAAGAGAGGCGGGAAAGGGUAGAGGGUCUACUCGGGAGUUUCGGCCUGGUCGAACAAGGCGAUGUAGUGGUCGGGACUGUGAUAAAAAAAGGGUUGAGCGGAGGGCAAAAGAGACGGUUGGGGGUUGCAAAGGAGGUUAUCACCGGGCCGAGGGUGGUCAUACUUGAUGAGCCGACCAGCGGGCUUGAUGGGAGGGGGGGGUGGGAGGUUGUCAAGUUUUUGAGGGGGUUGGCGAGGGAGAAUAAUUUGAUUAUUAUUGCGAGUAUACACCAGCCUUCAACCGCGACGUUUGACCUGUUUGACAAGCUGUUGCUCUUGUCAGAGGGCAAGACGCAUUAUUUUGGUUCGGUGGAGGGGGUGGGGGGGUAUUAUGAGAGUCAGCUUGGGAUGGUCAUGCCACGGCAUGUUAAUCCUGCUGAGUGGUUGCUUGAGCAGACUAAUAUUGAUUAUGCCGAUGAUAAAGAGGCUGCGAGGGCGAGGCUGGAGGAGAUGCAGUCUGGCUGGGAGAGGUCGGAUUUGAAGAAAAAGUUGGAUGAGGAUGUUGCUGCUGUUGCUGCUAGGGCGGAGAAGGGGGGGGAUGAGCUUGUGUUGGGGGAUGAUGAGGCGAGAGACAAAAAGCCGGGGAUGGCGAGUGUGGUUGUGACGCUGGUGCACAGGAGCUUUAUCAAGAGUUAUCGGGAUGUGGUUGCCUAUGGGAUUAGGUUGGCGAUGUAUACUGGUCUCGCCAUAAUGAUGGGCACAGUCUGGCUCCGUCUGCCGGCCACACAAGACUCCAUCAUCCCCUUCACCAACUCCAUCUUCUACGGCAGCGCCUUCCUCAGCUUCAUGGCUGUGGCGUACUGUCCCGCCUACCUCGAAGAUUACAACCAGUAUGCCAAAGAGAAACGGAACGGGCUCUACGGCGCCACCGCUAUGACGCUGUCAAACUUCCUCGUUGGGACACCAUACCUCUUCCUCAUCUCAGUCGUCUUCUCAGCAAUCAGCUACUGGCUCUCCAACUUCCAGCCUACCGCCAAAGCCUUCUUCACCUGGGUCUUCUGGCUCUUCCUGGACUUGCUUGCCGCCGAAGGGCUGGUAGUCUUUAUGGCAUCUCUCUUCCCGUCCUUUGUCAUCUCGUUGGCGCUGGUUGCGUUUGCCAAUGGCUUGUGGAUGAGCGUGGACGGGUUCAUGGUGCCGCCGGGGACGUUGAAUGUCUUUUGGAAAUAUGUUUUCCAUUACUGGGACUAUCAAAAGUAUGUGUUUGAGAACAUGAUGAUCAAUGAGUUCAGCGAGAGGGUGUAUACCUGCGCCGAGACGGCGGAUGGGUGUCAAUGCAUGUGGCAGACUGAUCUGGCUGAUCAAUGCCUGAUCCGUGGACAGGGAGUGUUGGACCAGUACGGAUACAAACCUGGGUAUAUGGGCAAGGAUGUGGGCAUCAUGCUGGCCAUCAUUUUUGGAUAUCGGCUCGCGGGGUGGUUGGUGUUGAAGCUGAAGAAGUAG